CCCCGCCUCUCGCUCUACCAUCCUCCCGAUCAACAAUCAACAUGUCGACGAACUGCCGCCGCCGCCUCAUCCGUGACUUCAAGAGGCUCUCCACCGACCCGCCCGGUGGCAUCUCUGGAAGUCCCUGCCCCGACAACAUCAUGCUCUGGAACGCGGUGAUAUUCGGCCCAGCGGACACACCGUUCGAGGACGGCACGUUCAAACUCCUGCUUACGUUUGACGAGUCCUACCCGAACAAGCCACCGACCGUCAAGUUCCUCUCGCGCAUGUUCCACCCGAACGUCUACGCGAACGGCGAGCUGUGUCUCGACAUCCUCCAGAACCGGUGGUCGCCCACAUACGACGUCGCCGCCAUCCUCACCUCGAUCCAAUCUCUCCUCCACGAUCCGAACCCGAACAGCCCCGCGAACGCCGAGGCCGCCCAACUCUACCGCGAGAACAUGAAGGAGUACGUGCGCAGGGUGCGUGCGACGGUGGAGGAUAGCUGGCUCGACCCGGAUGAGCACGAGGCGAUGCGCCAGGAGGACACGGGGGAACCUUCUCAGGCGUAGGCGUUGGGGAGUGUUGGGAUAUAGGAUAUGUACAUACGAGGAUGUAAUCUGUUUGUUUCUGCGCUGUGGCCAUUGUAGCACUACCAUCCCAUUCUAUCUUUCUC